AUGACGUUUGACGCCGUCCCUUCCAAAACGACUACACCACCUACACAGUGCAAGGUAUCGACCAGCGACGAAGAGGAACAGGUUGAGAACUUGCACUAUUGGGCAUCGCAAAGCUUAAACUUUCAUUCUUUCCAGAAAGCGAACUGCGGCCUACCGCAACAUGCGAAUGGCUCUCCUUCACAAUUUGCUAGACACCAGCAACAUCCAAGUACCGAACGACUUGACGUGUCACACGACGACGCACCACUCGGCCGACGAUGUCUCAAUAUCUCGACGACAGAUCAAGACGCGGACGACGAAAUCAGCUCAUUCUUGACUCUGCACGAACACCGCUCUACACCUCCGGAGCGAGAUUUGACCUCCCCACCUACCCUUCAGUCUCAUAGUCCAAAGCUGCCGUGGUUUCCACUGGACCUGCGGAGCGAAUAUGAAUACCCAGCAUUGGAACCCCGCUACAGGAGACCAAAUCUUCGACCGGUUCGCACCAGUUCGGUCCCGGACCCUUUCCAAGCACGAAACGACGGGAGUAAGAAUUUCUCGAGCAUCGCCCGUCUGCUCGCUCCGAUCUAG